AUGUCACCCGUCAGUCAUGUCACCCGUAACCCCUUGUCACCCGUCAGUCAUGUCACCCGUAACCCCAUGUCACCCGUCAGUCAUGUCACCCGUAACCCCAUGUCACCCGUCAGUCAUGUCACCCGUAACCCCAUGUCACCUUACUGGAGUGGUUCACUGUUACUGGAGUGGUUCACUGUUACCGGAGUGGUUCACAGUUACCGGAGUGGUUCACAGUUACUGGAGUGGUUCACUGUUACCGGAGUGGUUCACAGUUACCGGAGUGGUUCACAGUUACCGGAGUGGUUCACAGUUACCGGAGUGGUUCACAGUUACUGGAGUGGUUCACAGUUACCGGAGUGGUUCACAGUUACCGGAGUGGUUCACAGUUACCGGAGUGGUUCACAGUUACCGGAGUGGUUCACUGUUACCGGAGUGGUUCACAGUUACCGGAGUGGUUCACAGUUACCGGAGUGGUUCACUGUUACCGGAGUGGUUCACUGUUACCGGAGUGGUUCACAGUUACCGGAGUGGUUCACAGUUACGGAGUGGUUCACAGUUACCGGAGUGGUUCACAGUUACCGGAGUGGUUCACAGUUACCGGAGUGGUUCACAGUUACUGGAGUGGUUCACUGUUACCGGAGUGGUUCACAGUUACCGGAGUGGUUCACAGUUACCGGAGUGGUUCACUGUUACCGGAGUGGUUCACAGUUACCGGAGUGGUUCACAGUUACCGGAGUGGUUCACAGUUACUGGAGUGGUUCACUGUUACCGGAGUGGUUCACAGUUACCGGAGUGGUUCACAGUUACCGGAGUGGUUCACAGUUACUGGAGUGGUUCACUGUUACCGGAGUGGUUCACAGUUACCGGAGUGGUUCAUAG